CGACUGGCAGGGAGCGAUGCACGUCCACGGGCGCGGACCUCAUCUCGCACUUGGGCUCCGAUUUAACCGUGAGCGUCAGAUACUGUGAUAGCAUCCGACCGAAUGAGCCCAAGAUGAGCUGCAGAUCACUCGGCUACCAUAGGCUAGUGUGAGCCAUGAGACAUGACACACCUCUGUGGCCCAAUGCAGACACAGUUGCAGGCUGGAGAUUGACUGCCCCCUGAAGUCUCAAGGUGGUGAGCUGAGGGGAGUUGAGUCAUGAGCUGGCCAGGCGGCGGAGGCGGAGGUGGAGGUGAGCGUGUCGAGCCGGACCCCGCCCCUUCCUCUCCCCCCCGCGCCCCUCCCUCCUCGGGCCCGGGCCCCCGGCUCCAGGUGCAGCGCUCGCUCUCGCGCGACACCAUCACCAUCCACUUCUCUGCCCAGGGCCGCGAGGACGACGACGAUGACGACGAGCUCUACGGCACGCCGCUGACCACAGGUGGCGCUGCAGUGACCCCGGCCCUGGAGGCCAGCGAGGAGUUCAACAGCCACGCGGCCGCCUCCUCCUCCUCCUCCUCCUCCUCCGCUCCGCACGCCCACUCCCCGGCGGUGGCCAUCCUGCAGUCCUCCCCCUCGGCCUCCUCCUUCUCCUCCAUCAGCUCCUCCUGGCCCUCCGACGCCCCUCCCCAGCCCCCCGCCGCGACCUCCACGCACCCCCUCUCCUCCAGCGCCUCCCCGGUCCGAGUGGCACCAGGAGCGACGGCGUCGUCGACGACGGCGCCAGCUUCGGCCCUGCCGUCCAAGCCCUUCCUCGGCCUGGUCAAGUCCCUCUCCUCGGACGUGGAACCCCGGGAACCCAAAGAACCCCGAGAACCCCCGGCGGCGGCGGCACCGGCCGGGGUCGCGUCCCCCUCGGCCCGCCAGUCGCAGCAGCGGCGCCACCUGAUGAAGACGCUGGUCAAGUCGCUGUCCACCGACACGGCGCGGCCCGCCUCGGACGUCGCCGACUCGCGCUUCAACCGCAACCUGUUCAAGUCCUUCGGCCCGUCGCGCCCAGGGGCGCUGCACUCGACGGGGGGGCCCGGCGGCGGCUCGCCCUCGGCGACGGCGGCGGGCGUGGGCGACUCCAAGACGGCGCCGUCGUCGCCGCUGGCCUCCCCGCUGGACGGCCGGCCGUCCUCCUCGUUCUUCAAGGUGCCCGAGGUGGAGGCGCGCAUCGAGGACACGCGCCGGCGCUUCUCGGAGGUCAUGAGCGAGCCGCUGUACCUGCUCAGCAAGUUCAUGGGCGAGGAGGGCGGCGGCGGCGGCGGAGGAGGAGGAGGAGGCAUGCCCGCCGCCAGCGCUCGCGCCAGGACCCUCUCGUCCAGCGCCAGCGAGCUGACCAGCCUGGCCGGCCUGAACGGGCACCCGGAGGGCGGCAGCUACAGCAUCAAGGAGGAGGAGGGCGACACGGAGGACGAGGGCGAGGACAGGAGGGAGGGCGCCAUCUUCACCCACCCCAGGGUCAGUCGGAUGGUCUCGUGCCCGGGCCUGGAGUUGGGCACCAUAACGGCGGCCGCAAUGGCGUCGUCGCCACCACCGCCGCCGCCGCCGCCGCCGCCCCCCCGCUCGCCCUCGCUGGCGCUGGACCGCUGCAUGUCGGCGCUGGUCCGGCAGGAGGACGAGGAGUUCUGCGAGCUGUACAGCGAGGACUUCGAGCAGGAGUCGGACACGGAGACGGAGGGCUGGCGCGCGGGCGACGACCAGCGGCGCCACAGCAGCCUGACGGGCGCCUACAGCCAGGGCGACACCGACGACGAGGACGAGGACGAGGACGACCGGGACGAGGAGCGGGCGCCCGGCGUGCCCCACAACUGCCUGCUGCUCCUCAUCUCGGUGGUGUACGGCUACUUCGUGCUGCCGCUGCCGCCCUACGUGGAGGCCGUGCUGAUGGGCAUGGCGGCGGGCUUCAUGCUGGCCAUCCUGGUGGUGUGGCUGUCGGCCCCCCGCCACUCCGCCCUCGCCUACUCGUUGCCCAGGAGACGCCGGGGUGACCGGUGGAACCUGACGCCGCUGGACAUCAAGGAGCCGGGGGUUUUUAAGGGCUGGAUGAAUGAGAUCCUGAGCUAUGACCCAGAGACGUACCACGCCACGCUCACCCACUCGGUGUUUGUGCGGCUGGAGGGCUCCACGCUGCGCCUGUCCAAGCCCGGCCGCAACAUCCCCCGCCGAGCCUCCUUCAACGAGCCCAAACCCGACGUCACCUACAUCAGCCAGAAGAUCUAUGACCUGACUGACAGCAAGAUCUCUCUGGUGCCUCAGAGCCUGGCUAGAAAGCGCGUGUGGAACAAGAAGUACCCCAUCUGCAUCGAGCUGGGCCCCCAGGAGGACUUCAUGGCCAGGGCCCAGGGCGACCGGCCCGAGGCCGGGGACGAGAGGCCCGCCUCUGGGGCCGAGCGGCCGGAGGGCGGCGGCGGUAGCGGCGGCGCGCGGAGCGAGGAGACGCUGGUGCGGAGGUCGUCCAGCGACCUCACGCUCUACCUCUUCGGACGGACCGGACGCGAGAAGGAGGAGUGGUUCCGGCGGAUUCUGUUGGCGUCGAGGCUCAAGUCGGAGCCGAGGAGGCCUGCCAGCGUGGCGGGGGUUUUCCUGCCCUCUCACGGGGGCCUGGCCAACAGCCGCAGCAGUAGCCGGGGCAGCCUGGAGGAGGCGCUGCAGCCCCAGCCGCCGCGGCCCAGGGAGCUGCCCGUGGGGCUGAAGCUCAAGGUGCUGGACUACAGCGUGUACAUGGCCCAGUACGUGACCACCGGCGCCACCAGUCGCCCCGCCAGCCCCUCGCCCAGCGCAGCCAGCAGCCCCGGGGGCGGCAAAAAGGUGCCUGACAAUGAGGAGGAAGGCUCUGAGUCCGAGGCCUGGGUGAACGCUCUGCUCGGGAGGGUCUUCUGGGACUUCCUAGGGGAGAAGUACUGGGCCGACAUGGUGUCCAAGAAGAUCCAAAUGAAACUGAGCAAGAUCCGGUUGCCAUACUUUAUGAAUGAGCUGACGCUGACCGAACUGGACAUGGGCAUCACCAUCCCCAAGGUCCUGAAGGCCUCCAGACCCUACGUUGACCAUCAAGGCCUGUGGUUUGAUCUGGAGAUCUCCUAUCACGGCUCCUUCCUAAUGACGCUGGAGACCAAGAUGAACCUGUCCCGGCUGGGGAAGGAGGGAGAGGGACUCGGUGAACAGGGGAAAGAGGGGCCAAGGCCGAGGACGUACUGUUUGGCUGACAGUGAUGAAGAGUCAUCUAGUGCUGGAUCAUCAGAUGAAGAGGAGCCGCAGGAAGUUUUCACAGAUAAAGCCGUUCCUCCCGGGGCCGAGAGUUACGUUGGUGGCCACCGGCCCAGUAAGAUCAUACGCUUUGUGGACAAGAUUGCCAAGUCCAAGUACUUCCAGAAAGCCACAGAAACGGAGUUCAUCAAGAAGAAGAUGGAGGAGGUGUCCAACACCCCACUGCUGCUCACCGUGGAAGUGCAGGAGUGCAAGGGGACGCUGGCUGUCAACAUCCCUCCACCCCCCACCGAUCGAAUAUGGUAUGGCUUCCGGAGCCCACCGCACCUUGAGCUGAAAGCCCGACCCAAACUGGGAGAAAGAGAGGUGACUUUUGCCCAUGUGACCGACUGGAUUGAGAAAAAACUGGACCAGGAGUUCCAGAAAAUAUUUGUUAUGCCAAACAUGGAUGAUGUUUGGCUACCCAUCAUGCACUCUGCUAUGGACCCACGCUCAAACACGAGUCUGGUAAUGACAACGGACAUUUUAAAGGAAAGCGAGGUCUCUUCUGACGCUGAGCUCUCCACCCAGAGUGACAUGUGACAAAGCGGCUCUCUUCAGGGAAAGGUAAGAAACAACAUUCAUGGAGUUCCCUGGGAUACAGGACCCCAGUGGACAUAGAAGGUGAAAGCAGAAGAAGAAACAAAUGGCUUCCUCGGGACAAGACUUUUAUAAAGGAGAGUUGAUGAGAGAACGUGAAUUAAGACAUUACAGAGGUGCCCCCUCUAUGAACUCCACACGGAACUAAAAAAGCAUGGAUUACUGGACCUCCGUGUCUCCGCAGAGAAGGAACUGGUUGGAAUUCCAUGAUUCAUAGAAUUUUUUAAAAGGCGAAAGGUUUUUGAACAGUCAAAUGGUUCGAAGUCCCUCUGUCCACUCUCCCUCUUUCUGAGGCUGGUGAGAAAAGGAGAGGGAGAUGUAUGCAGUGGAGGACUUCGCCAGGACAUUUUUACCAUAGCAUGUACAAUUGCACUGCAAAUCCAAGCAUUCCAAGUUGAAGCAAGUCGACAAGAAAGAGAACAAAAAUAAGACCUGACUUGCGAAGCAGCAGCACCAAACUUUUUUUUUUUUUUUUUUUGGCAGUUGUAUGUAUGUUUGUGUACUUAUCUACGCGCUGAUGUGUAUGUGUGACAGCACACAUGCUGUUGGGAAAAAAUGACAUACAUAAGCAUUCAAGUUGACAGGUGCAGGGGCACAGGCCACACUCAGACACAUCAAAGCCAUCCAGGGUGUGACACUCGAGCUAUCCGUGAAGCUCGGCGAGACAAUGUUUAGGUUUGUGUGUGUGUCUGUCUGUGUGAGUGUGUGUAUGUCUGGAUGUCCGUGUGAUGUGAUGAUUGUCACAUGCUUGUGAUGGCACACCCACACUCACAUGCAUACAUGAGCCCUGGAAGACAAAAGCCUACUCGCAGCCCACACGUCCCUUUGUCUCGCUCGCUGCCUCCGCCCCUGUGUUGCCUAGUAGGUCAUCAAGCGUUGGCAUCCGACUUAUGCAAAUAGAUCAACAUCACUGUGUUCAUGAACAAUACCAGCUGAUACACGCCUCCCACCUGACUUAACCUGUCGUCAAAUGCACCCACACCAGAGUGGGCAGAAGAACCAGGUGUCACUGUUUGUUUCGGAAGACGGAGGCUUCAGCGAGUCGUCUUUUUAACAACCCAAUUGUCUCCUAGGAGCUUCUUUUUCCCAACCAAGUGCUUUGCAGAGUAGGUGUGGGAGAGGGUGGGGGCAAUCUAGUCUUUAACAGCCAAAAGCAAUGCGUGUCUUAAUCUGUCAUCAAAGCGGGCUUAAUGAAUGUAAGCAGGAGAGGUCAUUUUAUAUCCGCAACUCAGUUCUUAGUGGGAGGAUCGGGGGGGGGGGGGGAUUUGUCCAGACUCUUUGUGCUGUUCUAAGUCACAUUAUGUAUCAGUUCUGGUAUUCUAAAUAUUGUUGUCUGGUGACAUUAUGAAAAAAAGAAUGUUAUGUUUUUCUUUUGGCAGAAUUAAGACGUGCAAGCUAUAUGUGCAAAUCCAGGAAAAAGUCAAGUCAGUUACAGUGUGUACAAGUGCAGUUUUUUUGUAUUCAUAGAAAUGUGAGCUUGUGUGCAACUUAAAACUGCAGUCUCAAUAUGAACAAUAGCAUUACUGGUCACAAGCAAAGCAUCUUUUAUACAAAUGGAAGGUUAUGUGCAUUUCAUCAACGCAUCAGCUUCUACAGCUUAGAGAAAAAGGAAUAAUUUUGUCACCUGUGCACUUACCAAACUGUCACAAAAGCGGUCUUUCAUAGAGGCUUAAGUGCCUUUGAUAUCAGCAUUGCUCAUCAGCCAUGCAGUAGACUCUAGCAUGUUCUCUGUACAGCAUCCUCAUUAAAGUAGUGAUUUCCCAAUUUUGCUCAUUGUAAAAAGUAAUGAUUUACACCCCCAGUGCCAUAAUGUGAAUACGUGGGGGUGAAAAUAAUGUUCUCUAUUGUUUGGCCUGUGUGCUUCUUAUGCCAAAUAUUUGUUACAUUAUUUCAAACGUCAUGCUGUUGUUUAAUUAUGGUGUUUGUGUCAUGGCAGCUUGGACACACGAGGGAUCUAUUAAAAAUCUUUUGCUUCA